UCGCCUUUCCCUGCCGCCUGGAAGAACCGCAACUUCCAUUUUAGGUGUUGGAGCAGAGCGAGGGAGGGAAGGAGGAGGGGACCCAGAAAGCCCCGGGAAGGAAAGAAGGAAGGAAAGAAGGAAGGGAAAGAGAGAAAGAAAGAAAGAAAGAAAGAGGAAGGUCCCACUGGAAAAGCAGCAGCAGCAGCAGCAGCAGCAAGAGAAAAGCAAUAGAAGGAGGAGGGAAAGGAAAGGAGGAGGGGAGUGCUGGUUGCAUCUCUGCACCUCUCCUUUCCCACCAUCCCCCCUUCUUCCCCUCUCCUCUGGCUCUCCGUAUUUAUCUAGACUGCAAGCAUAUCUCUAUAUAGAUAGAUCUCUCUAGGUACAGUGCAGUAGCACAGGUAUAUUAGGCGGGGCUCCCGUUGACCGGGCUUUUAGCCUUCACUUAGGAAACUUGGAAGGAAGGGAAGGGAAGGGAAGCGAGGAAGAAGGGAAGGGGCCGGGGCUGGGCCCAGGAGCGCCCUCCUCCUCUUUCGGCUCUCUAGCCCCCGUUGUUUCGGUGUGAAGUUGUCAGCUUGCUUUUGGGCGCAGAAGAAGAGCGGAGCCCUGGUUCCUUCCCUCCUUCCCUCCCGAGGGCUGCCUGGCUGGAUGGCUGUCCUUAGCGCCCUCCUUUAAGCCUUGGAAGCGGGAGAAGGAAAGCCUGCCGAAAAGAAGGUCUCCUGCCUGCUGCCAUUCGCGAGGAUUGUUCUUUUUCCUGAAGAAGGAAGACCAGGAGGAGGCGGAGGAGGGGGCCCGGAGACAAAGCCUUUUUUUCUCCUGCUUCCUUGCUGUUGGUGGCUGGGCUGCCUCUCCCAUGAUUUUCUGCACUUAGACCAAGCUGUGCCUUAACCAAUCAAUUCAGACCGGCCUUCCUUCUCAGUGAGGGGUUCCUUCUACCCCUCCAGCCCUCUUUCUGUGUGACGUCAGUUCUCAUAAACCCUGUGGCAUCUCCCUGCCUUGCACCCACUCUUCCCCCACGUGGGGCCUUCACAACCAUGGAUGACUCGGAAGUGGAGUCGACUGCCAGUAUACUUGCCUCCGUCAAAGAGCAGGAGGCACAGUUUGAGAAGCUGACACGGGCACUAGAGGAAGAACGGCGCCAUGUUUCUGCACAGCUGGAGCGUGUCCGUGUCUCCCCGCAGGAUGCCAGCCAGACCAUGGCCAACGGCACCCUCACCCGCCGGCAGCAGAACGGCCGUUUCUUGGGCAAUGCUGACCUGGAGAGGCAGAAAUUCUCAGAACUGAAACUCAACGGACCACAGGACCAUAGUCAUCUUAUCUACAGCACCAUUCCCAGGAUGCAGGAGCCAGGGCAGAUUGUGGAGGAGACUUACACCAUGGAGGAGGACCCAGAGGGUGCCAUGUCAGUUGUUUCAGUUGAAACCUCCGACGAUGGGACAACUCGUCGCACAGAGACCACAGUGAAAAAAGUAGUGAAGACAAUGACAACACGCACAGUGCAGCAAGUUCCAGUUGGUUCAGAUGGGUUACCUGUGGAUGGAUCUCCAGUUACUAACAGCUACAUCCAGACUAUAGAUAGGAACUUCCGGAAAAACACCAAUGGCGGUCCUGGUGCCUACAUGAGCCAACCUGGCACAGCUACUCUCCCACGCAAUUACCACUACCCAGAUGGUUAUGGCCGCCCAUAUGAGGACAGCUACCAUGGCAGUGAACACAACUAUGGGAGCUUGUCUCGUGUGACCCGCAUCGAUGAGCGUUACCGUCCCUCUAUGGAUGGCUACCGGGCUCCCAGUCGGCAAGAUGUCUAUGGUCCUCAGCCACAGGUGCGGGUAGGGGGUAGCAAUAUGGAUUUGAACCGCUUCCACGCAGAACCUUAUGGGUUGGAGGAUGACCAGCGCAGCGUGGGAUAUGAUGACCUAGAUUACGGCACAAUGCCAGACUAUGGUACAGCCAGACGGACCGGGACCCCUUCUGAUCCUCGCCAGAGACUCAGAAGUUAUGAGGAUAUGUUGGUGGAUGACUUGGCUAGGGACCAGUAUUAUUGGGCCCCGCUGGCCCAGCAUGAGAGAGGCAGCUUGGCAAGCCUUGAUAGCCUGAGGAAAGGAGGCCAGCCCCCAGGAAACUGGCGCCAACCUGAGCUUCCUGAGGUGAUUGCCAUGCUGGGGUUCCGCCUAGAUGCAGUCAAGUCCAAUGCUGCAGCCUACCUCCAGCACUUGUGCUUCCGUAAUGACAAGGUGAAGACAGAGGUGCGCAAGCUGAAGGGCAUUCCUGUACUUGUGGGGCUUCUGGACCACCCCAAGAAGGAGGUGCACUAUGGGGCAUGUGGAGCCCUCAAGAACAUCUCCUUUGGGAAGGAUCAGGACAACAAGAUCGCCAUCAAGAACUGUGACGGCGUCCCUGCUCUGGUGCGGCUUCUGCGGAAAGCACGUGAUAUGGACCUUACAGAAGUCAUCACAGGGACACUGUGGAACCUUUCCUCUCAUGACUCAAUAAAGAUGGCCAUUGUGGAUAAUGCCUUACAUGCCCUCACAGAUGAGGUGAUAAUUCCACGCUCUGGCUGGGAGAGAGAGCCCAGCGAAGACUCAAAACCCCGCCACAUAGAGUGGGAGUCGGUGCUCACGAAUACCAUUGGCUGCCUUAGAAACGUCAGCUCAGAGAGAAGUGAAGCCCGCCGCAAGCUGCGAGAGUGUGAUGGGCUUGUGGAUGCCCUUAUAUAUAUCGUUCAGUCUGAAAUUGGCCAGAAAGAUUUAGAUAGCAAGCUUGUGGAAAACUGUGUCUGCCUCCUGAGGAACCUCUCGUACCAGGUGCAUCGCGAGAUCCCCCACGCAGAGCGCUAUCAGGAAGCCCCUCUCAGUGCUGCCAACAACACUGGUCCGCAUGCAGCCAGCUGUUUUGGUGCCAAAAAAGGCAAAGACGAGUGGUUUGCAAGAGGUAAAAAACCAACAGAGGAUCCUUCUACUGAUAUCGUGGACUUCCCCAAAAGAACAACCCCUGCAAAAGGUUAUGAACUCCUCUUCCAGCCAGAAAUUGUCCGUAUAUACAUUUCACUGUUGAAGGAGAGCAAAGCCCAAGCUAUUUUAGAAGCCUCAGCAGGAGCCAUCCAGAAUCUCUGUGCUGGCCGUUGGAUGUAUGGGCGGUACAUUCGUUCUGCAUUGCGCCAGGAGAAAGGCCUCUCUUCUAUUGCUGACCUUCUAACACAUGAUGGAGAGCGUGUGGUGAAAGCAGCGUCUGGAGCUCUGCGCAACCUGGCGGUGGAUUCCCGUAACAAAGAGCUGAUAGGUAAACAUGCCAUCCCCAGUUUAGUGAAUAAUUUGCCAGGGGGACAGCAGACACCAGCUAAGAACUUCUCUGAAGACACCGUGGUCUCUGUGCUAAAUACCAUCAAUGAAGUUAUUGUGGACAACUUGGAAGCGGCAAAGAAACUGCGGGAGACACAAGGCAUUGAGAAACUGGUGCUGAUCAACAAAUCUGGGAACCGUUCAGAGAGAGAGGUCAGAGCAGCUGCUCUUGUAUUGCAAACCAUCUGGGGUUAUAAAGAGUUGCGGAAACCACUGGAAAAAGAAGGAUGGAAGAAGUCUGACUUCCAGGUGAACCUGAAUAACACCUCUAGAAGCCAGGGUGGCAAUUCCUUUGAUGACAGCACCUUGCCUCUCAUUGAUAAGAACCAAAAAGGAGACAAGAAAUCCUCACGAGAGGAGAUCCAGAUGGGCAACAUGGGAUCAGACAACUACUCUACACUGAAUGAACGGGACCACAAUAGAACAUUGGAACGAUCUGGAGAAGACAUGGAAUCUAUGAAGGGAGCACCACUGAUGACUUCUUGUCCCCCUCUCCUAUAUCAGAUGUCACCCUUACUAACAAUACCUAUGUCUGCAGCAGGAGGAAGGGCAAGAAUCUCUUGAGGAGCAUGACCAGUUGCUUUAUCCUCCUAUGCAGAAGAUUUAGUGUUGCCACUGGCUGCCUUCUCUGUUUUGGGUUUAUAACAUACUACGUAUAACUCUUUGUGGUGAAAUGGAUUGACUUUUUUUUAAUCUCUUGGCACCAAGUCCAGCCACCCAGCCAAAAUGACUGGCGCCUUAUGCCCGCAGCACCUCACACCUCCCUUAGAUGGCUGCGCAUCCAAUCCUCUGGACACUUUUUUGUCUCUCUUCUUUUUUAAAAAAAUAAAGCAAAACCAACAGCAUUCCUGAAGACCAAAUAUUUCUCCUGAUGGAUUUCUCUUGAGCAACUAAGGCAGACACUUGAAAAAGUAGAAGCUUCUGCUGCGUCCACAACAGUGGUUGAAGCCACUGGUGCAAAUGGAUCUCAGCUAAACUCAACCAUACUGGAACUAGGUUUUUUUCCUUAACGAGAUGUCAGCUUUCUUCAUAGAGAAGGGAGAAAGAGAACUCAUCUCCUUUUUCUCUUAGCCUAUAGAAUAUAUUUUUGUGUGUGAUUCAUUUUUUUCAACAAAGGAUGCUGGGAAUACUGGAAAAUUCCUGGUGGGGUGGGGUGGGGAUGAUGGUGGUGGUUGUGAGGGUGAAGGGUGGGAAAUAUUGACAAAGGAGUUUGAGUGACUGCAUCUAGGCCAAGUGUGCCUCUUUGAGGUGAUAGCCCUCUGUAUCCUCAUAGGCUGACGAGGAAUGUGUGGGUUUGCAUCUGUAUUCUCCCAUUUUUAUAUUGCUUCUAGAUGGGUUAACUCCGAGUUGAAGGAGCUAUUUAUUUGUGGGAGCAGAGGAGCUUAGAGUGCAGGGGUGUGGGGAGAGAGAAGAGGAUGGGAGUAUGUGAAAGUUGGUGGAAAGGGACAAGAGUGUUCAGAUCUCUUAAUUGGCAAUUUUAGUUCUCCACUGUGGGGGGACAACACAAAGGUGUCAGGUUUUGGGUUGCUGAUGGACAAUUUUGACUUCUGUGGUGGGUGCCUAGGCAGGCUGCAAAGUGCAGAGGCAAACGAUGGGGUGGUGGUGGUGGUGGUGGGGCUGAUGAAAUGGGGAAGGCUUGGUGAUGCAAAAGGUUGUUGAGGAGGGAAGGCCAUUUGUAAAUAUUGCCUAGAUCCUCCCAUGCAGGCAGGGGAAUGAAACCGUUAUCUGUCACUAUUUACACGUGCCUUUCUUUGCCACUGUGAAAUAGCUUGGUGCUUUUCUAAUUCAAGUGAAGAAGGUUUAAUAGUUGCCUGGACUGGAGAGAGGGAUUUUGGCACAGAGCCUAUGAUGCUCCUGCUCUCUCCCUAUUCCCUACAUCAGAGCCAGAAUUCUGUUGCCCCCAUGUUUGACAGAAGGACUUGAGUAGUACAUAUUGGGAGCCAAGUGUGGGAAGACCAGGAACUAAUCUGUCAACUACUUAAGGCUUGUGGGCUGCAGAGGGGGAGGUGAAAGUAGGAUGGGGUAAGAAUCACGAUGUGCACCUUAAUGGCUCACCUCUUCAGGGAAUGAAAGGAAUUUAGGCUCUGCUGACAGAUCUUUAUCCUAAUCAACAAAGCAGCAGUAAAGGAGACAAUAGUGGCAAGCUCUGGGCACCAUAUUGGUGACUGCGUCUUUUUCUGUACUGAAGAGGAUUGCAGCCUUUUACCUCAUCUCUCCUUCCAAACUGUUUCAGCCUAGUUAACUGGAGGGAGCUCUGCUGCCCUUGGCUCCUGGAAUGUGCGCCACACAAACAGUAAGAGGGAAGGCACAAUAAGGUAGAAGAUUCUUGGUACCUCUGACAUGCUCCAAUCCCAGGUGUUUUCUCACCCCAUUUGAGGAUGUGGGAAGGAUUAAACAUGUAUAUCAGCCUUCUAAGGGCAGAGUCACUCAACCUUUUCUAAUGUAAAACACUAUUUUCUUUUUAAAAUUCCAGACUACCAAAAAAUACCCUUCCCCACUGACCAAUUCAAAGCUGUAGGAAGAACUAAUAACUCACUGACUUUUUUUUUUUUUUUGGCUUUUCCUUUGCACCCCGGGGGAGGGGAACAUCCUGCUGUUCUUUGAGUCCUGCGCUCACUCUGUAAUGCUUUUAAAAUGAAAUGAUUUUUAUAUAAAUAAAGUUUUAAAGUGUGUAUUUGUUAAAA